GCCGCGUCUCGUCGACACGAAAGGGAUCGGGAAACCACAGCCGCUGCGCGGCGACAACUGGCCCUCCUUCUGCUUCAAGUACAUGAAUUUCAUAUCCAGCAUGUACCCGACUGCGCGAGACCUCCACGAGUGGGCGCAGAGCCACGAGGACACGAUCCGAGGCAUCGAGGAGGCGAAGCAGAUCGACCCCGACGCAGAGCGCAUCCAGAACCAGCUGUACACCGUGCUGGCGCAGCUGGUAGAGGGCGAGUCCGAAGAGAUCGUGCGCAACUGCGAGAGCCACAAGUACCGCGGCUUCGAGAGCUGGAGGAGGUUGGUCCGGCGCUGGGACCCCAUGAACUUGGGGCGCAAGAGGUCCAUCCUCAUGCGGGUUCUGAGCCAGCCAGAGCAGAAGUUGGAGAACCUCAGCAGCGCCAUCGAAGCAUGGACGCAGGAUAUCACCCGAUACCAGCAGAGGGCCAAGAAGACGAUUGACGACGAUAUCAAGACAGCCGUCUUGAUUUCCAUGUGCCCGAACCCACUGAAGCAGCACUUGCAGUUGAACCAAAACCGGUUUGACUUCUACGACGACGUCGUGGAAGAGGUCACCCAGUACCUGGAGACUCGCCGGGCCAGCCAGCUCGACAAGCCAGUGCCGAUGGACAUCGGCAGCCUACAGAAGGGCGCCAGCAGAGGCAAGAGCAAAGGCAAGGGCAAGGACGCGGGCAAGGCGUCUGGCGGCAAGGGCAAGCAGCCUUUCCAGGGCUACUGCAACAAGUGCUGGGAGUGGGGCCACAUGGGCAAAGACUGCACGAGCGGCAAAGGCCGCGACGCCGACAGCAAGCCAUGCGGCGUGUGUGGCAAGAAGGGGCACGCGAGCAAGGACUGCUGGCGCGCGAACACGGGCAAGGCCAGCAAGGGCGCGCCGAAAGGCAGCAAGGGCGGCAAGACGAAGAAGGGCGGCAAGAAGGGGCUUCACGGCAUGGAGACGUCUGGGGACUACGAGGACCAGCCGGAGCCGGAAGUGGGGGGCCUCGAGCUCUGCGCGGUGGAGAGGGCCGAGCAGGGCACUGGGCUGUUCGACGACAUCUUCCGGACGGCGCUCGAGAGCCUGGACAGCGUCUUCAGCGGAGUGGGAGACUCCGCCCCCGAUCCGCCGGCAGUCUGCGCGGGUAGACCCGCCGACGUGCCAGAGCCGACUGAGUAUGAGGUGAUAGAAGCAGCCGUGGACAGCGGCGCCGGAGUCACCAUCAUGCCAGAGGAGAUGUGUAGCGACCACCCUAUCGAUCCCGACGGGAGCGGCAUCGAGUACAACGCAGCAGGGGGCCAGACGGUCACCGACAAGGGCCGGAGAAAGUUGCAGAUCGUGACAGAGAAGUGGCAGCAACGGUCCAUGAAGAGCCGCGUCGGGCCGGUCCGCCGCAUGCUGCUUGCUGCCAGUGAUCUCGUGGACCACGGGAACCGGGUUGUUCUCCAGAAGAACGGUAGUUACGUGGAGCACAUCGGCACGAAGCAGAGGACACCUCUCAAUCGCGCCAACGGGAUAUUCCUCAUGAAGUUGUGGGUAAAGAAGAACAGCGCGCCUAAACAGCAAGGCGCCGAGGCCGCAACGAACCCGAUGGAGAUAGACCAGAUGAUCGCAGCGCUCCAGAAGCUAAAAAGCACCGGGGGCACGCAGGUGCCCGCGGGGAGCGUGGUCGAGUCGAAGGUCGCUGAAUCCAUGGGUUUCUUCCGGCAGGUCCCGGUGGAGGAGGAGCUCAGUUGUAAAAUCUGCACUCCAAUGGGGUCGCCUUGCGACCCGACACCGAAAGAGGUGGAGGAGCACGAAGCGUCGCAACACUUGCCGUUUCGGUCUUGGUGCCCGGACUGCGCGAAGGGGCGCGGGGCAGCGACGGCCCACGCAGACCUCGCAGCAGAACUAGAGCACGCGACGCCGACGAUCUCCACUGACUACUUCUUCUUGGGUGGUUCUGACCAGCAGGCACUCGCAUGCCUGGCGAAAGUUGACCACAAGACCCGCCUAAAGACCGCGCGGGUGGUUCCCCAGAAAGGGUUCCAUGAGGCUGUAAUCAAGCAGGAAGCCCGUGAUAUCAAGAACUGGGGAAGGACGAAGUUCAUAUAUAAGUCAGACCAAGAGAGCCCAAUAACCGCAAUGAAAGACAGUGUGAUCGCCCAGCUGGGGACGGACUUCGAGGUCAUCCCAGAACCUUCUAAGGUUGGAGAGUCACCGAGCAAUGGCACGAUCGAAAGAGCCAUACAAGCCAUCUCUGGGAUGAUCAGAACCCUGAAGGUGGCGACAGAGAGAGCGUUCAAGAUCACUCUUGAUCCCCGGUCGAACAUUCUGCACUGGCUGGUGCAGUUCGCUGGUUUCUCGUUGUCCAGGUACGAGCAGGGCGCCGACGGCAGGACGCCGUACGAGCGUGCAAAGGGCAAGCGCUUCAAGCUUGGCCUCCCAACCUUCGGGGAGAAGGUCUUCUAUAGGAGACUUCGGAGCGACAGCGGCCGUCUGAACAAGCUUGACCCCAAGUGGUUGGAAGGAGUGUUCCUGGGGUGUAGAGAUGAUGUCCCGGAGUUCUUCAUCGGUACGAAGGACGGCGUGGGCAGGUCGGCAGACAUUCGUAGGCUGCCGCCGAGCAGCCGUUACGAUGCGGAGGCGCUCUUAGCCGUCAAGGGAACGCCGUUGGACCCUGUCCCAGGAGACGCAGCAGCGACGCUGCCAGCGUCGUCAGGGCUCGUGGUCAUCGAUGUCCCAGAGCCAUCAAUGGUGCCACCAGAUCCUCCGAGACAUGAACCAGAGGUCUUGUCGAAAAAGCGCUUGUACAUCACGAAACAAGAUCUCAAGAGGCAUGGCUGGACACGAAGGUGUCCGCGCUGCGAGGCGGACGUGAGUGGUCAGAAGACGACCCUGCACCACACGGAGGGAUGCAGGAGGCGCCUGGAGGAAGCAAUCGGGAGAACUGACCAGGGCAAGAAACGCUUCCGAGAGGCCGACGAACGGAUCACCGAAGCCUUGGCCGACCAUGUCCGGAGACAGGUGGAGGCCCAGCAGCCCGAGCAGGGCGCGGGAAGCUCCGCACCUGCGAGCAAAGCACCACGGGCUGGCAGAGUCGCGGGAAGCACCGCACCUGCCGCGGCAGCAGGGCCGGUAGCAGGGAGCGCGGGUAGUUCCGCCCCCGCUUCCGGGGCCCAGCUGGCAGACGCCGACAUGCCGCAACCAAGCUUUCCUAUGGCAGUAGACGCGGGUAGCACCGCCCCUGCCAGUGUCCCGGGCGGCGACGCCACGCCCAUGGAGGACACGAGGCCAAAACGGAAGGCCGAGACAAGUGCUGAGGUGGACUUCCUCAGCACGGCCCUGCGGGAGUUGGGCGCCAUGGAGGCGCCUGAUUGCACAGCCAGACAGACCACCUCGGAGUGGUUAGGGUGCACGGGGGGCCGCGUGUUUGACAUCAGGAGAGUGGACCCUGAUGACGGCAGUUCCUGGGACUGCAGCCUUCCAGCGAAGCAGCGGAAGGAGAUUAUCAGGCAGGACCGGGUGUACCUCGGGAGAGCGAAGGGUGUAUGUUGGUUGUCCAACGGAAAAGAGCUAGCAGGCCGCAUGGCUUCCCUUCGUCCAGGACAGCCGGCCGACGCAGCUGUCGUCCAGGGCCUCGAGGCACAGCUCAGAGCAGACGGGAGGAUCAAACCUCUUUUCGCUUGUCCCGUGGAGCCGGAGGAGGACUUGCACGAAUACCCUUCCAUGGGUGAUUGGUGUGAUCAUUCGACGGAACAGUAUGUAGACGACGUUUCAGGUUGUGUGCUUGAUCCCACGCUCGUGAAAGGGGCCCGCGAGGCCGAGUUGAGAGAAGUUGAUGACUUCAAGGUGUACAAGUGGGCUCCGGUGGAAGAGGCCGCGCAAGUAACAGGAAAGAAACCGAUUGGCGUCCGUUGGUCUGACACCAACAAAGGGGACCAGAACAACCCCAACUACCGGAGCCGCCUCUGCGCCAAGGAGCUCAAGGUCAAGGAUCCCGGAAAGGAGGGGACUUUCGCAGCGACACCGCCGCUCGAGGCGUUGCGCUUCCUAUGCUCCUUGAUGAUGACCGCGCCUGGAGGGGAGGACGCGGAGGCGCAGCAGCGCGGAGACACGUUGUUGUUGUUCAUGGACGCUACACGUGCCCAUUUCCACAGCCCCACGGAUGAGCUGAUCUACGUGGAGGCGCCGCCAGAGCGACACCGCCCAGGGUGGUGUUGGCGCCUCUUGAAAAGCAUGUACGGGACCCGCCGGGCAGGACACAACUGGGAGCGGUUCUACACGAGCGUGCUGGUCGAGCGUCUUGGUUUUACCCAGGGCUUGAGCAGCCCAUGCUUGUUCCUACACGGUAAACGCCGUGUGAGGGAUUGGGUGCAUGGAGACGAUUUCGUGUAUCUUGGAUCACGCGUGGAUGUCCUCUGGGUGGAAGAGCAGAUACGGCAGCACAUCAAGAUGAAGAAAACUGGCUUGCUGGGUCCGGGGCCCCACGACGACAAGGAAGUCCGAUGCUUGAAUCGAAUCAUUCGGCUCGACACUGCAAAGGAUUGUCUUGAGUGGGAGUGCGAUCCAAGGCACGCACAGAUCACAGUCGAGCAGAUGGGUCUCCGGAAGGACUCCAAAGGAGUGGUGACUCCUGGUGUUUCUACCGCAGUGCCGGACCCGAAGGACGAUCCAGUUCUCGAUAGAAGUGCAGCCACCCUCUUCCGUUCAGUGACCAUGAGGACAGCGCACCAAUCAAUAGAUCGACCAGAGUUGCUAUAUCCAGCCAAGGAGGCAGCAAGGGCGAUGCAGAACCCGACGAGAAGCGCGCUGGAGAAGAUCAAAAGGAUCGCUCGCUAUCUCGUGUCGGCGCCGCGGGUCGUGCAGGUGUUUCACCGUCAGCCGGAGCAAAGCAAGCUGAUUCAGUACACUGACACGGACCAUGCCGGGUGUAAGGUCAUUCGCAGGUCAACCUCUGCAGGGGCAACAAUGCACGGCAGUCGCAUGUUGGCAGCGUAUUCUACGACGCAGAAGCCGAUAGCCACUUCUUCUGGAGAGUCGGAGUACUACGGCAUGUUCAAGGCCGGGUCGCGCCUUGUGGGAAUGGCCCUCAUGGCCAAGGGCUACGGCUUGACAUACAAGGCCGAGCUCCGGGCAGAUGCUUCUGCAGGCAUCGGCAUAGCAUCGAGGCGUGGCGUUGGCAAGAUACGCCACCUGCACACGCAGGCAUUGUGGCUACAGCAAGCAGUGGCCGAUAAGCGCCUGAGCGUUGUGAAGACCAAGGGAGAGAGCAAUCCAGCCAAUCUUCCCACGAAGCACGUCGACGGGAAGACGAUGUGGCAGCAUCUGGCAGACCUCGGUUUCGAGCUCCGGAGUGGCCAGAGCAAGCUCGCCAUUGAAGUG